AUGGUAUUUGGCUCCAAGGAGAGAGAGACGAUCGUCGACUCUGACAAUCGCAUUGUUAGCACCUUGGAGAGGGCCAGGAGAAAGUUCUCCCGCCGACACAUAUUGAGCUCCAGCAAAUCUAGGAACGUGCGUUCUCCUGACUUUGCAACCAACGAGAGAUCAUUCCUUUCGCCGUCCAUGGACAAUGUGGAGCCUGAUCUACCUCCACUUCCACCUCCACCUGUUGGUCUCCCACACCUUGCUUGCAUCUCUGCCCGACCAUUCUCCAAAGUCAACAACUCUGCUCGAAAGGUGUUAAAAGAUCUCAGCCCGCAGCCAGCUAAUGAAAAGCCAAUCUCCAGUGCUGUGCUGGAUGCUCCUGUUUUCCCAGACUUUGAGAUGGAGCCCACAGAGAGCGAAGCUGUAGAUAUUUCUGCAUUAAACCUAGAGGUUCUAGAUUUGGGAGGCCUCAGCUUUCCACUUCCUGACUGUGGAGUUCCUGAAUCCGAGGCUUUGCAAUGUGACACGUGUACCUCCGCAGGGGCCAAUGAAAGCCCUGUCGUCCAACAGCUCAAACUUUGCGAUGUGGAAAACAUCAACAAGUUCUUCUUGUGCCAGAACUCACGCAAGCAGAAAGGCAAUCUGAAUCCAUAUGCUGACAACAACCUUCCUGCGAAAGAGGAGGCGGCUCUUCACAUUUGGCCACGGAAUCCAUGGGGCAGCACAUCAGGAGAACAUUCAUCCCAUUAUCACGUCCACAGUAAAGAACGUCAAAGCCCUAGCGUGGCUGACUAUAAGGAACUGAAGAAGAGGGAGAAGCAGCGACUGGACAAGGAGAAAAAGGAGCAAAAAGAAAGAGAGAAGAAGGAGAACGAAAUGAAAAAGAAGUUUAAAGUGACGGGCGACGAAGUGCCCAUGUACCACGCUAAGGUGAUGGUGGCUAGUAAAGUCCGCAAGAAUGACCUACCUGUUAAAAGCGGCGACACUGUCAGCAUUAUUCGUACCACCAACUGCCCGAAGGGAAAAUGGUUGGCACGAGAUGCAAACCACAAAUAUGGCUACAUCUCAGUGAUGAAUGUGGAGCUUAAUAUCAAGGAGAUGUUGGAGCUGGGCAAAAAGGCCCAAGCAGCGGGACGUGGUGGCAACAUGGAUGGGGACACCAUCAGCAUUGGAAGCAGAUCCUCAAGCCACCUUGUAGUCACAAGCAGUUUCACAGACGACAGCGAGGAAUGGGCCUGUGAAGACGAGAUGCUCUCAGCCUGCCACAUUCCCUAUCAGCCCACCUCCAUUCCAGAAAUGCCAUAUCACCUUGCUAAGAACCAGCACGGUUUGAGUGAUGCCAACUUUCACCACACUCAGCGAAGACAUGAAGCUCUGCAGAAGCUGGCCAUCUUUUUUGAACAUGGCAAAGAUGAAUUUAGUGAUGUUCGUGAUAGUGGAGCUCCAACCCCGACUAACUCUGAUCCACCAAACUUCUUGUGUGCCGUUGAAGAGCUUCCUUACCCUGAACAAGAAGUGGACUUCUCAGAAGUGGAACUUCUUCCUCCACCGCCGUUGUAUGCUGACAACGACUGAGUAAAACAUCUGCUAAUAUUUGAAACUGUACAUUUAUCCGAGUAUCUGGUGUGACUGCAAACUGAAAGAAAAGCUAUCCCUGGCCAAUUAAAAUAAGCAUCCCGAAUGAGCUUUAUAUUCUUUUUACACUUGCUAAGUGGGUGUGGGUGUUUCACUUUGUUUGAUGAUGCAUACCACAUCUGGUUCACAUUUUUUCUUUGGUGUUAUGUUGUUGCACAUUACAAAGCUCACAUGCAGAAGAUAAAUCAUGCCUUUUUUUUUUUUUUUUUUUACUUACAAAUGUUUUUCCAAUUUUUUAGUCGAUUUCGCUGCGUUAAAUUGAAUAGUGUAACACCUUCAUAUGUAGUUAGGAUAGCAGUCACUGUGGCUGCUUUAUUCCCUUGACUUUGCAAUUUUACAACAUCCAGCCAAAAUAGUAUCGAAAAAAAACAAAAAAACAAU